AUGAAGUUCGAGCGCAUGCCUAUUGAGAUCGAAUCGCCUGAGGAGUAUGGCUACGACAAGAUCAAGUACAAUCUCUCCGAGAGCUCUAUCACCGACCAAACCCUUGAGUCUUUGAACCUCGAAAUUCCCAACUUAACCCUUCUAUAUAACGAACACCGUGGUGAGACCAAACUGCGGGAGCUCAUCGCCGACGAUGCCAAUGUCACCGCCGACGAUGUCCUUAUCACGUCAGGCGCUGCUGGGGCUUUGUUUAUCAUUACCGCUUCGCAGCUCGGGAGUAUAUCUGCAUCGGAGCGCAAUCAUCUUGUCGUGGUGCGCCCCAACUAUGCAACAAAUUUGGAAACGCCCAAAGCUGUAGGAUGCGAGAUAUCUUACGUUGAUGUCACUUUUGAGAAUGGCUUUCAGCCCAACAUUGAGGAGAUUGAGGCUUCCAUCAAGCCCAACACUCGGCUCAUCUCUAUGACAUGCCCACAUAACCCUACCGGCUCUACUCUCUCUCGGGAGGCACUUGAUCGUAUUGUUGCCAUUACCAAGAAAAAGUGUGUUCUGCUUCUUGUGGACGAGACGUAUCGCGACAUCUCUUUUGGCGUCAAACUUCCCGUGGCGGCUUCUUUAGGCGAUCAUGUUCUGAGUGUCAGCUCAUUGUCCAAGUCUUUUGGCAUGCCUGGCGUCCGUGUCGGCUGGCUCAUCAGUACGAACAAGAAACUCCAGGAAACCUUCCUAGCUGCUAAAGAACAGAUUAGUAUUAGUGGCAGUGUCAUCAACGAAUGGAUAGCGACAGAUGUCCUCUCUCGUCGCGAGCAGAUCCUGGCCAAAACAACAGAUGAGAUGAAACUUCGUCUUCAGAUGGUCGAGUCAUGGAUAGAAAGCGAAGAGCUACUGGAGUGGGUUAAGCCGACCGGUGGUGUUGUCUGCUUCCCCAGAAUCAAGAAGGGGCCGAAGGGAGGGCUGCCGGCAUUUUACGAGAGGCUUCUUGAGAAGCAUUCCACCUAUGUUGGUCCUGGCCAUUGGUUUGAGCUUUCUGAUAACUUUUUCCGACUUGGUUAUGGAUGGCCGUCACGUGAAGAGCUCGAGGGUGGUAUGAAGGCUAUCUCAGCUGCAUUGCGUGACGAAUAG